UUCAUCAUUUUAGACAUUCCUAUUCACAUUCUACUAUUUGUGGGAGUAAUCACGAUGCCCACGUCAAUUGCGGACCGUGUUAUUCUAACUCCAAUGGAUCUGGCGUACGAGACAUUCAAUAGCAACGACGACAGGAUAAUCUCGAAAGGAAACAAUGUACUUUCAGUUCUCCAUUGUCCCGAUGGUUUUGUUUUCAAUGAGAUUUCGCUUAGCUGCCAACUCAUUGACGCACUUGCACUUGUUGGAGACGAUGAUGAUCAACCGGCGUCGUUGAUGACGGACAUUUGCGAAAGCGACUAUGUCGGAUUAAAAAAAAAUCCUGACAAUUGCAGGACGUUCUAUUCAUGUUUCCAUGGUUACGGGCACAUGUUUAAAUGUACAUCUCCUUUAAUUUUCAACGAAAAUACCCUCAGCUGUGAAUGGCCGAACUAUGCGAAAUGCUGCGAAUAUAUCGAAGAAGAUCCUGAUGUCGUUGUUGGGGGUGCAAUAUUUUAAUUGAUUAUUACACGUAUAUGCAUGUAACUAUUCGGCACUGCUAAUGGUGGUAGUUUUAACAGUAAAGCGGAUGAAUCAAUAAACGGAAAAGCGGAUAUUUGAAUGGAGCAACAUAAGGUCCAAUAUAAUUCCAGGAGCGCUACGUGUCACUAUCGAUCGCCUUGUAUUACUGUCGUAGACAUCGUUAAUAAAGAUCUAUUGUGUAUAAGAACUUAAUUAGUAUUGUGCGAGUUUAAAAAACCUACAUACUUAGGUAAUAGUUUUUGGAUUAGUGCAUAGUGAUUAUCUUCUUUAAAAAAUAGAUUAAGAGUAUACAAUACAUGACGGCGGUUUUUAAGUUUUUCAUCUGAAAAUAUUAAUCCCUAUUUAUUUCGCUAAAAUAUUUAUCUGAUGUUUACAAUUUCUUCCCCUCUUAAAUUUAUUUAAUAUUAGAAAUGGAGCUGCAAUAAAGUGCGAAAGUUUAUUCUUGGUAAUAGUAAACAAACGUUUCACCUCCUCAUAAGGAACUUUUUCAAGGUGAUAUUAAGGCGGAUUAUCCUUAUUUAUAUGUACAUAUUACCAGAAAUGUAGGAAUUGUAUAGAAUUCAAAGGCUAUUUAGGAAAUCUAUA